AUGGAAAAAGUUUCCCUUACUCAAAAGCCAAUUCAUCAGCUUUUUGAUUACAUCUGUUGUGUACGCACAGGGGCCAUAUUAGCACUUAUGCUGGGAUUGUUUCACAUGCCACUGGAUGAAUGUGAGGAACUCUAUCGAAAGUUGGGCAUGGAUGUGUUCACACAGAAUGUCAUUGUUGGGACCGUCAAAAUGAGUUGGAGCCAUGCAUUUUAUGACAGUCACACGUGGGAAAAGAUCCUUAAGGAUAGAAUUGGAUCUGCAUUAGUGAUUGAAACAGCGAGAGACCCAGUGUGUCCUAAGGUAGCUGCUAUAAAUGGAGGUUUGCUUCUGAAUAACCCUUGCCUUGCCCUGCAUGAAUGUAAAUGUAUCUGGCCAGAUACCCCGCUUGAGUGUCUAGUGUCUUUGGGCACAGGACGGUAUGAGAGCGAUGUGAGGAAUACCUCAACAUACUCGAGCCUGAAGACCAAGCUCUCUGAUGUUAUCAGCAGUGCUACAGAUACAGAGGAAGUCCAUAUAAUGCUUGAUGGCCUAUUACCUCCUGACACGUAUUUUAGAUUUAAUCCUGUGAUAUGUGAAAACAUACCCCUAGAUGAAAGCCUAGAUGAAAAGCUGGACCAGCUUCAGCUGGAAGGGUUGAAGUAUAUAAAAAGAAAUGAUCAAAAGAUGAAAAAAGUUGCAAAACUAUUAAGUCAAGAAAAAACAACUCUUCAGAAGAUCAAUGACUGGAUAAAAUUAAAAAGUGGCAUGUAUGAAGGCCGUCCAUUUUUUUUUCAAAAUUGUGAGUCGGGUAUGCCUGUGUUUUCAUACAUGAAGGCCAUCAAAAGAUCCGCCAGUUUAGAGAGGAGUGGUGUGAUUCAACAUGAAUUUUCUGUAGGACACUUAGUGAAUUCUGGGAAUUCCUGA